UUGCUGUCAUUAGUUUGUAGAGUAUUAUUGUUCUGUGGUCAUUAGUACUAAAAAAAUAUUGUUUGUAAGUAUAAAGUGCACGUGUUCAAGUAUAAAAUAAUACUAGUUAUAAGGAAUUUAAAUAUACAACAUGGGCAAAGUAAAAAAAGAACCUGUUGAGCAAGAAGACCAAGGAGAUGUCAGCGUUAAAACAGAACCACAAAAUUACGAUGACAAAGUCGGCCACUGCAGCGUGAUAGCGAAACCGAUGGCACCUAAAAAACUAAGUAAAAAGAUAUACAAACUCAUAAAGAAAUCAAGUAGUCAUAAGAAUUACAUAAGGAAUGGACUGAAAAUAGUACAGAAGCAACUAAGACUAGGCGAAAAGGGCAUAGUAUUCUUUGCUGGAGACAUAUCCCCCAUAGAAAUAAUGUGCCACUUGCCAGCUGUGUGUGAGGAAAAAGAUGUUCCAUAUUGUUACACACCUAGUCGUAAAGAUAUUGGAGCUGCUAUGGGCACUAUGAGGGGAUGCAUCAUGGUGCUAAUCAAAGAACACGAAGAUUAUAAGGAUUUGUAUGAUGAAGUAAAAAGUGAAAUAAAACUAUUAGGUCAUCCACUAUAAAACAGGCAAAUAGAAGUUAUUUUUAAGGAAAAUGUGACAUUUAUCACUGUUAAGACUUUUACC